GGCUGCCGCCUGGUAUCGGACGAUGGAUUUCUGUGCUUGUUUGUGAGGGCCAUGGGCAUCCUGAGGAUCUUCUCGAGUACCAUGGCCAGGAUCAGCGCCUUCAGAUCCUACCAGAUUGUUCUGCUCCUGGCAGCUGCGCUGGCCGUGGUUGCCUUUUACUAUUUUGGAUCAGAGCGGCACAACUUUUCCAGCACUACCAAGCGCAUUAAACAGACUCAGGCAAGCCACAAUGCCAACAGAAAUGAUGCAGACCUUUCCGUGGACACUGUGGAAGCAGUGGAGGACAGAGCAUGGAGGACGGGUCCUGGGCGCGUUCAGUAUUACCAUGCACUCAUGAUGUUUACCAAGGUGGACAAAAGUAGGGGACUUCAGGAAAAGUUCGAGGUAGCCAUGAGAUCAAUGGCAAAACAUGGCAGUUUCCUGGAAGAGGAAAUGCUAGUUCUACACUUUGUGAGUGAUGAAUCCAGCAAAGAGCUAGGGGAGAAGAUGCUUCCAAACCUACUCCUUGGCGCAUCGUUUCAGUAUGAGGUGGUCUUCCAUGAUGUCGCAGCCCUAACAGAGAAGCUCUUCCCUAUUGUAGAAGCCAUGCAGAAACACUUCAGUGCUGGUUCGGGGGCCUACUACAGCGAUGCCAUCUUCUUCCUGUCCGUGGCCAUGCACCGCAUCAUGCCUGCAGAUCUGAAGCGCAUUGUGCAGCUGGACCUGGACCUCAAGUACAGGAGCAACAUCAGGGACCUGUUUCAGGAAUUCCACCGAUUCCCCCCUGGAGCCGUGAUCGGGAUUGCCCGGGAGAUGCAGCCUGUAUACCGGCACACAUUCUGGCAGUACCGUAAGGAGAACCCCAAGUCCAAAGUGGGCGAGCCACCCCCUGAUGGCCAGCCGGGCUUCAACAGCGGGGUGAUGCUGCUGGACCUGGAAGCCAUGCGACACUCGGCCCUCUACAACCAGCUGCUGGAGCCGGGCCGGGUGGCCAGCCUGGCUGAGCAGUACCAUUUCCGAGGUCACCUGGGAGACCAGGACUUCUUCACCAUGAUUGGCAUGGAGCACCCCGAGCUUUUCAGCGUCCUACCCUGCGGCUGGAACCGGCAGCUGUGCACCUGGUGGAGGGACCACGGCUACGGGGACAUCUUCCAGCUGUACUACCACUGUGAGGGACCUGUCCACAUCUACCACGGCAACUGCAACACUCCCAUCCCCGAUGACUGAACACACUCACCAUCACCACCCAACACCCCUCCCCCCACCCCAUCCCACCAACCACUCCUAAGUUUGACAAUGCGAAAGUGUAAACAUGCUGCACUGUUACAUGAUCUUGAUCUCCACCUUCACCUUUACUCUCCAGUUCACAAGCCUCACAUACCUCACUGUUCCACAUACCCUAGCCCUCUGAUGAAAAGCUUUAACUGAAGUUUGGGGAAAAUUCUCACCAUACUUCGUGGGUGUUCAUUGGGAAACCCCAUGAUUAGUCAAAAGUGUCCCGUCACUGGGGCUCUGAAAUCUUGGACUGAGAUCUUAAAAAACACAGGAUAAUGGUCAUACUUUUUAUAUGACACCCCAGACCAUGCAAAUGAAUCCAUAAUUCCCACAGAGAUGCUUUGAGAUUGUCCUCGUUGGUUUGUCUCUCAUACAGCUUGCAGGCCACCACUUUGUACUGCCUUAUCAACCUCUCUCAGACAAAUCUACAGGAGAUAAGAAGCCAUCAGCAUGGCAUUCGAUUACUGGGCUUUGUCACUUUCUGGUUUGUUUACUGUGACAAGGGGAUGUGCCAGGGCAGGGGUACAAUCACACCAGCACAGAUUAUUUUAUCUCAUUAAUGCAGCUUGCAGGUGAGGAGAGUGCUUUUGCAAACAUAACAUCUGUAUUUACUGGCCAUUAAUACUUAGAUGAAUGAUAGGGGUCAGUCAGGCCUCAGUCAUGGUUAUGUAUUACCCUUGUAACCCUUAAAUUCCUCUUAAUACUUACUAGAUGAAGGUUCUUUAAAAAACCACUAGGUGACCUGUUUUCAUGAACAUUGUUGUACCAGCACUGAAUUCCUACAAUGAAAUAUAUGUGAUGGAUUUUCUCUGAAUGUGCAUGGCAACAAGGGAAUACAAUUCAGUGCACACUAUGGAAGAUGAUCCAUAUCAAGGGUAGAGUUUGACAUGAGAUUCAGCACACAUCAGUGUGAAUAUCUGAUUAGAGGCAUCCUUUUGAAAUUAUAGACAUGCAAGUUUGUGUAUUUGCAAAAGAAAUCCAUUUAAACUGUGUCAAAUGGGCUGCAAUGGGCAAGUAGUGGUGAAAGAUAACUUCCUGUGGGAUUGGACUCAGUGCUAUGCACGCACAAGGCAAAGCUUCAAAGGAAAGUGCAGCAUGUCGGCUGUUGUGGUUGGCUUGCUCCUACACAGCGAUUGACACAGAGAUUAAUCCGGAAAGGCUUUGGCAAACACAGUUCAGACUUCAAAGCAUUUGACAAGUAACCAUUAGAUCUAUAUGAAAUUAUACAGAAUUCACAGGGUGGCAAAACUGUUUGUUCUCAUCCCUUUUUGUUGCCC